CCCUCGGGCGUACGUGAGCGCAGAGCGCAGGCGCGCGGCUCAGGUGGCCCACGAGACCCUAGCUGCUAGUCCCGACAGACGCAGAGGUGUCCGAUCUCGGCAAGGAUGGAGCCAUCGAAAGUGGAAAAGUUCAGCACCACCGAUAGGGGAAACGGGCUGCGCGCGUUGGCACCGCUGCGGCCGGGAGAACUGCUUUUCCGCUCAGAUCCUUUGGCGUACACGGUGAGCAAGGGGAGUCGUGGUGUCGUCUGCGACCGCUGCCUUCUCGGGAAGGAAAAGCUGAUGCGAUGCUCUCAAUGCCGAAUCGCCAAAUACUGUAGUGCUAAGUGUCAGAAAAAAGCUUGGCAGGACCACAAGCGAGAAUGCAAAUGCCUUAAAAGCUGCAAACCCAGAUAUCCUCCUGACUCUGUCCGACUACUUGGCAGAGUUGUUUUCAAACUUAUGCAAGAAACACCCUCUGAAUCGGAAAAACUUUACUCAUUUUAUGAUCUGGAGUCAAAUAUUAACAAACUGACUGAAGAUAAGAGAGAGGGCCUCAGGCAACUUGCAUUGACAUUUCAACAUUUCAUGAGAGAAGAAAUACAGGAUGCUUCUCAGCUGCCACCUUCCUUUGACAUUUUUGAAGCCUUUGCAAAAGUGAUCUGCAACUCUUUCACCAUCUGUAAUGCAGAGAUGCAGGAAGUUGGUGUUGGCCUGUAUCCUAGUAUGUCUUUGCUCAAUCACAGCUGUGACCCCAACUGUUCGAUUGUGUUCAAUGGGCCCCACCUCUUGCUGCGUGCAGUCCGAGACAUUGAGGCAGGAGAGGAGCUCACCAUCUGCUACUUGGAUAUGCUGAUGACCAGCGAGGAGCGCAGGAAGCAGCUGAGGGACCAGUACUGCUUUGACUGUGACUGUUUCCGAUGUCAAACCCAGGACAAGGAUGCUGAUAUGCUGACUGGUGAUGAGCAGGUAUGGAAGGAAGUCCAGGAAUCCCUGAAAAAAAUUGAAGAACUGAAGGCACAUUGGAAGUGGGAACAGGUUCUGGCCAUGUGCCAGUCAAUCAUAAGCAGUAACGCUGAGCGGCUUCCUGAUAUCAACAUCUACCAGCUGAAGGUGCUCGACUGCGCCAUGGACGCCUGCAUCAACCUCGGGCUGCUGGAGGAGGCACUGUUCUACGGCAUCCGGACCAUGGAGCCUUACAGGAUCCUGGGGAGGCCGGAGGAGUCCGCAACAGGGAUCUGCCCGGGAUCCUGGGGAGGCCGGAGGAGUCCGCAACAGGGAUCUGCCCGGGAUCCUGGGGAGGCCGGAGGAGUCCGCAACAGGGAUCUGCCCGGGAUCCUGGGGAGGCCGGAGGAGUCCGCAACAGGGAUCUGCCCGAAUGCGACAGCCGCAGUGCAGCCUUCACACGUUUACAGUCUGAGAGGGGCUAGUUCUCUGUUCAGAACAGGAGGCCCUGUUGAAUUGGAAGAUGCACCAGUCAGCCUGAAGGGAGAUGAGAAAAUAAUAUUGGAAGGAUAAUGAGCACUAGGGACUUUGGUCAGAAUAUCCGAUAACCUCAGUAGCUACUAAAAAAUCUUUCCUAGUCUUUUUUUUUUCCCCAGUCUGCCUCAAGGUGGAAACUGCAUUUCCUCUGCCUCCCAGGCCACAUGGUUUUAGCAGCCAAUCCAUUUGUAGCACCCUGCUGCCAACAUAUUUCAGAUUGCUACUAAGGACUCCUAGGGAAACUGGUCCUCUCUCCACAGCUCUCGGUUCACUUCUGUCAUUCAAAUUGCCACAUUCUGACGCAGACCAGGGGCUCAUAGGCACCCUGAUGGCUUUCCUCUUCCAGCCUCCUCAAACCUAAAACCGCUAUUCAGGUCCAUUGAUGUGCAACCCCUCAAGGCUCCUAAGAUAGCAGGCCAGCAGGAGCACCGCUCGGAGCCAGCCCGCCCAUCCUGGAAGGAGGGGCUUGCGUGGAGACACAGCUUUCAGUCGAUGACGGGGAGGAGAUGCUGGAGACUGGCCUCCUGACCACGCACGUUCACUCAUCAGUUCCAAUCCUGUUUGGAUGAGGACUUUGCGCUUCUAGAAAUGGAGUAUGGAACGUUUAGGGGAAACUCGGACUGGACGCUCCCACUAAGAGCACCACAGUGGCAGUGGUCAUUGCCUGGGGCAGGCGGGUCAUUCGUCCUUGGCCCACUUGAGGAGCUCCGGAAUGGGUUCUGGACUCAUGGUUCUGUGUUCUGUGAACACAAGCCUCUCCCAGCUUGCUGGGCAAGAGGCCUCUGCUUAGGACCCAGCAAGGAGGCGGUGCUGGCUCAUAAGAGCUGCUCUAGCUCUUGAGCUGGCUAUCUGGCUUCAAUGCACAGAGCAUAAAUCAAGGGAGGCAAAGCUUUCUUCUGCCCAGGCAGCAGGGAGAACAGAAACCCACUGAAAUUGGCUUCCGCUGGGGAAAUGGACAGUGCCCACAGCAGCCUGUUUGCCUAGGUUCACCUCUGCUGAGACCAAAACUAGCUCUGGUGGCAAAUUGGGCAUACCAGCCACCUAGACAGGUCCCUAUAUCUUGAGUCUUGGUGGAGACGAGAGUGAGAGAGAGCUCACCAUCUAUAAUGAAGACACAGUACAGUUUACUCCAAAUACUUAUAAAUAAUAAACUGUCAAGGAUAGAGAGGAGCUUCUGCUGCUACCAGUUCCCAGAUCCUUCUCACCAAGGAGCUGCCCCUGAGCAAUGUGGCCCUGGGGAGAGCUGUGUGCUGGGCUGGCUCGAAUCCUCACUUCAGCAACCCCAUUUGUUCUUCAGUCCAGACUGCCCAGCUUCUGAUGUUUGAUGUCUGCUGCAUCUCACUUCCUCAAUGCUGCGGGCUCACAGUCUUUACUUGGGCGUUCCAAUGCCAUCCUCCUUUGUUGCUAACCUGAGUAUCUUGUGUCUGUGGGCCCAGCUGCCACCCCAAGGAAGUCAAGAGCGUAUACCCAAGACAGGACACAUCCAAGUGUUGAUGGAAGGGUUAUGGCCUACUGUUCCUUCUCUUGAACCACAGGGCUCAGGAGGAAAGGGCCUGUGCUUCCUUUGUACAUUGGGACCCACAUGGCUGGGAUGGGACGGCUCAACCCAGCUUCUAGGUCCCUGAGAGAGGGACAGGCAAAUCCCACCCAAACCUCGUGCAGUACUGUAUGUUGAUGCAGGUUGGAUACAGAGGAUUGGAGAAAAGUGCAGAUAAUUCUGAACAUUUGCCUAGCAGAUGAAAUUGUAAUCCAGCUACUGAGAGUGAAAGUGAAGUCGCUUAGUUGUGUCCGACUCUUUGCGACCCCGUGGACUGUAGCCCACCAGGCUCCUCCGUCCAUGGGAUUCUCCAGGCAAGAAUACUGGAGUGGGUUGCCAUUUCCUUCUCCAGGGGAAUCUUCCCAACCCAGGGAUCGAACCCAGGUCUUCUGCAUUGCAGGCAGACGCUUUAACCUCUAAGCCACAAGGGAAGCCCCUAAUCCAGCUACUAAAUGAUCACUAACACUAAGGUGAUGAACCCAGUAGCACUGAGCAGCAGCAGCCAGUACAGAGCUCUAAGGUUGGAGGCCUCGUGAAAAAUUGUAUUUUGACUCUUUUUUUUUGCUUUUUAUUGUUUUAAAAAAUUUUAUUGGAGUAUAGUUGCUUUACAAUGUGUUCGUUUCUGCUCUACAGCAACAUGAAUCAGCUAUACAUAUAUAUACAUCCCUGUUUUUUGGAUUUCCUUCCCAUUUAGGUCACCACAGAGCACUGAGUAGAAUUCCCUAUGCUAUACAACAGGUUCUCCUUAGUUACCUAUUUGAUACAUAGUUGUAUAUAUGCCAGUCCCAAUCUUCCAGGUAUCUGCCCGUUUGUUCUCCAGCCUGACUUUAAAAAAACACAGCCACAUUUGUUUUCAUAUAAAAAGCCCUGUGCUGGGGGGUGGGGGAUGGCACCCCCAAAGAGGCUGAGGCAUUCCACAGUCUAGAUGGAAACACACACACACACAUGGCAAACACCUCAAGAACCUUGGGGCACCUAGGAGCCAACAUGUGCUUGGCCUCCAUUCACCCCCUGCACCAGCGCUCAGGAGGCCCGCUCUCUUCCCAGCUGGCUCUCUGAUAAAGUGAAAGUGGUGAAGAGCUAAGCUUGUAUCCUCUUGAAUUCUUCCGAUUUCCGUUUUUGCUGGAGACUUUCGUAAUGGUGUUAUUUUCUACCCUUUUUCCUUUAGAAAUAAUGUUUUUGAAACAUCGUGGAAACAGGUGGGAGAGGAGCCGGUGUAUACAUAAGUGCUUUGGGGUGGGGUCCACAGGCCCACAGGAGUGCCUAGCUCCUAGAAACAAAGAAACAAGUAUGACAUCUUUGGAUCUGAUUUUCGUAAAGAAACCCCAGCGCAGAGCCUUUAUCUGUUUAAUGUACCAGAACUCAACUGCAGGAAACUGGUUUCUCUAUUA